AAAUAGACUUUCAUCCUAUCGAUUUUGUGUUUUGUUGUACCAUUAUUUAUCCCGUUGGAAUGUAUUAACUUGGAAAUCACGUGCAUCUCGUGAAAUGAACUAACUGUCAUGUAGGCUGUGUAGUGCUUUUCACGAGAAAAAUUCAGUUAUAGAGUGUUAUUACCAAAUAAGCAUACUUACUGACCACACAAGGGAACUACUACUUACUACCACCGUACACUUUCAAGUCAUCAUAGUUUCAUGAAGUAAUUUUGUUAUUGGUUGUGUGAUAAUCCAGGUACCAACAAGAUGAUUUGAUUUAGGAUGAUGCACUCAUGGUUUCAUGUUCAAUAAGAAGUGACCCACACUGGAUGCACAUACCUAUUUUUAUGACAUUUCUAAAACAAGCAAACUUUGUUAUCGGUAAUCUGACCAAGUUCUUUAUGCAGAGAAGUUUGUCUAACAGUAUGCAGUACAAACCAGAUGCAUGGUUCAUUAAAAAGACAAACCAUGUAAAGUUUAUACCAGUUAAACCAGCAUCAAGUACAUGAUCACUAUGAAUAAAUCAGACAUUCAGAGUGAUGCUGCUGCAGAUGAUGAUAAUGACAUUAUAAAAUAUAACGAUGAAGUGUCACAACAUGGCUUGAUGAAAAAAUGCUUCCAUAACAUUUGUAACAGGGAGUUCCUAAAGGCACUUUUGCUGGGACAGUUCUUGUCAUUGUUACUCUGUGGAACUGGAAUCUUUACCGGACUUCUCGCUCAGGAGGGAGUGCACACACCAGCAGCUCAGAGUUUUGUCAACUAUGUUCUGCUCUGUCUGGUUUUCACUGUGAUCCUGGCAUGUCGCUACAAAGAGAGAACAUUUGGUUUCCUGUUGAAGAAUUACUGGUGGAAGUAUCUGCUUCUCUCAUUGGUAGAUGUCGAAGCCAACUAUUUAGCUAUCAAGGCGUACUCAUAUACAACUGUGACAAGUGUCCAGUUGCUGGACUGUAUAAGUCUGCCGACCGUGAUGUUGCUGUCUGCCGUGUUUCUCAGAGUGCGGUAUCACGCGACUCACUUUACCGGAGCCUUCAUCUGUUUGCUGGGGUCAGGUGGACUCAUAGCAGCAGACGUCUUGUCUGGACGUAACUCAGAUUCUCAAGGAUCACGACAGUGGCUAGGUGAUAUUUUCUGCGUCCUGGCAGCCAUUUUAUACGGAGUGUCGAACAUAGGUCAGGAAUUCGUUGUCAAGCAGUAUGACCGGUCAGAGUUCCUGGGAAUGGUGGGACUCUUCGGCAGCUUCAUCAGUGGAAUUCAGUUUGCAGUGCUUGAAAGACACGAAGUAGAGACAAUAGAUUUUACAUCUUACAAGAUAAUACUACCAUGGCUGGGAUUCCUUGCGUGUCAGUUUCUACUCUACACUUGUAUGGCAAUCAUAAUAAAGUACACUAGUGCGACCAUGGCUAACAUCUCCAUAUUGUCAGCAGACUUCUACACAGUCAUUCUGGGAAUCUUUAUAUUUAAAUACCAGUUUCACAUACUGUACUUCGUGGCAUUCUUCGUUAUUAUUUGUGGAGUUACACUAUACAGCAUAAAGCCAACACAAACAAGAACCAUAAACAGCUGACACCAGUUCAAGUCCAGCAGAAACCAAAGAUAGUUCUUCACUUUACACCUAGCAGAAAUGACAAUGGUUUACACCAGGUGGUCACUCCAGAGGAAAUCCAUACUUGGGAAACAUUGAAUCACAUCUGUAAUAACAUUUUUCAGUUAUAAACUUUAACUUCUUUGCAAAUGUGAUGUGACAGUCCAGUCAUCUAUAUGAUCACACAACAAAACUCCCCCGACAUUUAGUCAUCAAUCAUUAGUCUGGUGUGGGUGUUGAAGUACAUAAUAUACCUGUUGCAAGUUUCAUGAAGCAAACAAAUUAUUAAAGGUGACAAUAUAUGGCCUGGACAAUGAUUUCCUUUAGUAUGCAGUAAUUUGUGAAAAGCAGGUCAGAGUGACCUAGUUAUGGUAUGCAACACCACCAUCCAAAGUGGUACUCGCAUACAAGGUUUGGUGAUCCUAUAUGAAUUGAUAAAGAUAUGCCACAGAAACUAAAAUGGAUGGAUGAACAAUGCCAUGCCAUAAUAUAACCCGUCAAAGAUGGGUGUAUAAAAAGUUAUCAACCAAUGCAUUCUUCAUCAUGGAAAGAAUGGUUUACACAGAAUGUCUUCCCAAAGGUUCAACUGUGAAUGUCAUGUUUUACAUGCAUGGAAGUUUUCAAACUUUAGUGAGUAGCUGUCCUAAAGGAAAAGACCAGAAAAGUAGAACAGAUGACUUUUCAAAUCAAUGCCAGACACCAAUUUUUAGUGACAUUUCUAGCACCCUAUGUCCAUUUUAUUUUUGCAACUUUAGUCACAAAAACUUUACAGUGUGCCACUAAGUUUAAAAUAAAUGAUGAAAUGGCAGCAAUUCGACAUGAUCAAAGACGAAAGUAAAACAGGACUUCCUAACAAGCUUUCAACAGUGGAACAAGUGUACAUGUGCAGAAGAGUACUACUUCAAAAGGGAAUGAAUGUUACAUGUUUUUAUUUUUAAUAAAAUGGUUUAAUUGUAACAUUCA